UGUCAAAUUCCAAGAGAGGAGAGGGGAGUCAGAAAGAGGGGCGCCAGGUUACACUGCAAGCUCUUUGCAAAAAUGGGGGACGACAAACCUUUUGUGUGCAGUGCUCCCGGCUGUGGACAGAGGUUUACUAAUGAGGACCACCUGGCGGUACAUAAACACAAGCAUGAGAUGACGCUGAAGUUUGGACCUCCUAGGACCGACUCUGUUAUCAUUGCAGAUCUGUCCAAAGCUUUUGAUACUGUAGACCAUGACAUCUUAUGCCAUAAACUUUCACCAACCAGUCACUACCCGAUGAUGAUGCUUCCCUCUGGCCAGCCGGUGCCAGUCUUCCCUGGUCCUGUUCAUAUACCGUCUGUCAUUAACCUGGCCCGGCCCAUGUGUAUGGUACCCAACAUUCCUGGCAUCCCUGGUCCCCCACUGGGAGGCAGCAGCAGCGGCUCAAACUCCCCCUCCGGCUACAGCAUCCACUCAGAAGCCAAGAUGCGUCUGAAGGCUGCACUGUCCCAUCAGAGCCCGUCAGGACAGAGUUUGGGGGUCAUGGCCAUGAGCAGCAGCCCCAUGGUACCUCAGAAGGCAGAGCAGAGUCAGCUGCUCGUCCAGCAUCCAGAUGCUCCGUCACCUGCACAACCCCAGGUAUCUCCAGCGCAGCCUACAGGUGGGCGUCGACGACGGACGGUAGACGACGACCCAGAUGAAAGAAGGCAGCGCUUCCUGGAGAGGAACAGGGCGGCGGCGUCGCGCUGCAGACAGAAACGCAAACUGUGGGUCAACUCUCUAGAGAAGAAGGCCGAGGAGCUCAGCUCUCUUAACAUCUCACUGUCGAAUGAGGUGUCUCUGCUGCGAAAUGAGGUUGCUCAUUUGAAGCAGCUGCUGCUGGCCCACAAGGAUUGUCCUGUAACAACCCUACAAAAGAAAACCGCCUACCUAGCUGCAGAAGAAAGUUUGAAAGACACGUCAGAGCCCACAGGUUCCCCAGCGCCGGUCAUUCAGCACAGUUCUUUGGCACCGAGCCCCUCCACAAGACAUAACGGCCUGAGCUCCAGGGCUGCAGCUGAGGCCAUGGCCAUGUCUGUUCUGGCAGGGAUGGGCCAGCAGCAGAGGGCUGAGAGCGGACCCUCUCACAUUAUCAUAGCUGCACAGUCUCAUUCUGCUGCCAGAUGA